AUGCCGGGAGGACUACGCCUGGCUGACAAGGCUGGCCUCCUGGCCGCCGUCAAGGCCCGGGCCAAGGAUCCGUACAUGCCUGCUGUUGUGCAGAGAGCUGUCGAUGCCACCAUUGAUGACAUCUGGCCAGACGUCAAGAUCGAGGUCAUGGGCGCUGUCCUGGACAAGAUGGCCGUGGCAAAGGUGCCUGUUGAUCAUGGUCGUCCUCCGCCGUGCUGUGGUUGGCCGGGUCCGCUCGCUUGGCUCCGUGCUGGGUUUCUCUACACACUCCGACCCUAUGAUCGAUCGCUCUGGCGCCGUCUCCGCAACCCGCUCUUCCUCCUCCUCACCCUCGCCUCUGUAUUUCCACUCUUUGGCGUCCCGCAGGCCUUCUAUCUUGCCGUCCUCCUCGCCAUCGACCACUCGGACGAGUUCCAGCUCGUCGACUUUAUCCUCUCCUUCAAGGGCGUCCAGUUUAUCACCGGUGGCCUGUUCCCGGCCUGCUACGGUGCCGUCCUCUACUACCUCUGCACCACCGGCCCAGACUCUCCAGCCGUCAACGAGUGCGCCAAGACCGGGCCCACCCUCCCGCUGUGGGAGGCCGGCUUCUUUCUCUUGCAAGUCGUCAUGGUCUGGCUCGCCGCCGCCCUCCUCCCGCGGUCCGAGAAGAAGGGCGGGACCUCGCUGGAGGUCCUCUCCUCGGCCCAUGCCCAGUACGACGUCGACGGCAACGGCAUCCUCUCGCCCGACGAAGUCUAUGCCUUCCACGCCCGCCACGGCACGCCGUCGUCCGAUGACGGCUCACGCUCCGGCGACGCCUCGGCCGUCGAUCCGCACAGCCCAGGCCGCAUCGUCGGCUCGUGCUGCGGCAAGCCAAGGUACGCUGGCCGCGGCGGACGCUUGCGCGCCUUUGUCAUCCUCGAUGCCUUCGUCUUUCUCGUCUGCUUCUCCGUCAUCGUCUGGGCCGCCCUCGACGACCACGACCGCCGCACCUCGAUCGCCGCAGAGGGUCUCUCUUCCAACUGGCGCCUCAAGUCGACCAUCUACUGGACCAAAACCCUCUACGGCCUCCUCUCCGUCCACUUUCUCAUCUUCAAGGUCCCUAUCCUCGGCCGCCUCCUCACCCACGCCCGCCCCACCGGCUACAACCGCCACGGCAAGUGCGUCCCACGCGACUACCCACGCCAUCGCGUCAAGCACCUUCCUCCCGAUGCUGAUGCCGAGUAUCUUCAAGUCUAACCAUCCCUCAUCCCUCAUCCCUCAUUCCCCAAGCACCCCCUCCCCCUGCCC